CAGAUGCUUCGAUAUGCGACCAACCAAACAUACUGGUUCUCACUUCAACGAAUAGAUGUCUUUGUACUUAGACAUAUUUGAAAGAUUUGAUGCCGACACAUCGGGACUUGCAGGAGAUGACUGGGUUCACAACAAAGAUGGCUUCAGCAUCUUUCCAAGUCGGUCGUCAAUUUCGACAGAAGCUUGUUAUGAUCUACUCAAGCUUGUUUAUCAUCAUCCUUAUUUCUUCCGUAACCAUGGAAACCCACGCCCAAGACUCGAACCCUGACCCCUCUUCCUGCUCGAACCUCUGUGACUUCAACGACUGGACGAAAUUUGCCAACUGCUCGAAUCGGAAAUUAUCGUCAAUACCAGAUGUUUGCAGCUCGGCGAAAACAUUGCAGUUGAACAACAACAAUAUUGCUCGUUUAAACCCCGACGCCCUGCAGGACUUUACUAGUCUCCGAUACCUUUACCUAAGAAGCAACACAUUGAGUGAUAUCUCAUUGAAUGCAUUUGUGGGCCUUGAGGAACUUGAGUACCUUAGACUUGGAGGAAACUGUUUCACCAACUUGAAUGAUGAGAUGUUGCGCGGUCUCGACAACCUCGUUUUCUUGUUGGUUGUGGAAGGCUGUCUGGAAAACGUUGCCGCGGAGACCUUCAAGAGUUUGCCGAAUCUUGGCACACUGGAAUUGGGAGGAAACCGUCUUCGGGAACCACUUUGCGAUGCAUUUGGUACGGGGAAUGUUCUUCAGUCCUUGACACUUGCAAACAAUCUGAUCGGCUCGUUGCCUGAUUAUUGUUUCGCAGAGCUCCAUCUUCUAAGGAUACUAAGUCUAGACGGUAAUAAUCUAACAGAAAUCAGAAAUGGUCGAGGUCUCAGUGGACUAGACAACUUGCAAACGUUAUCCCUUGAGAAAACGCAUCUUAUUCGGCUUUCAGGGAAUUCAUUUAGAAAUACCACACAACUUCGACAUCUUUCUUUGGCAAGGAAUGGACUUGCUGAUCUCCCAAAUGAUGCCUUCGAAAAUCUCUUCAAUCUCACAUAUCUUAAUCUGUCCAACAAUGCUCUGGGUCGUGUGUCUGACAAAUUGUUCCGAAGCAAUCUGUGUUUGGAGAUCAUCGAUUUGUCGGCUAAUAGAAUCACACAAAUAGAUUCUGGUGUCUUCACAGGCUUCCAUAAUCUUCAGUCUAUCAAACUGUCUUCAAAUCGUAUAACAAAAAUUUCGUACUUGAUCCAAGAGAUACCGUGGCUAGAUUUAGUCAAUCUCGAGAAUAAUCCACUACGCUGUGAGUGUGCCAUAUUGGACUUUGAAGAUUGGUUUGACCGAAAUGUGGAAUAUGCGACAGAGUGUGUCUUUCCAACCCUUAGUGAAUAUAACGAUUCUGGAGACAAUUCCCUUCAAAAUCUAUGCGAGGGACAUGCCCGUAUUCAUUCGACGUCAACCAGAAGUUCUUCUAUUGAUGACUCUCGUCUCACCGAAAUUCGAGCACUUAGCCUACCUGACGCAACGGCCGACAUUCCUGCCAUAGCAUUGGUACCGACAUCUCACAGCCAAGACAACACCAAUACAGACAAACUGAAUAUGUCCAACGUGACUAACACUAUCGUCGUAGCGAUCACAAUCGUUCUCCCUCUUAUUUUUAUCGUCAUAUUGGUCGGCAUCGUGUACCGUUGCCACAAGAUUCUGACAACAGCCAAAGGAAAGUCAAAGAACAGUAUCACCUUGUCACCUGGAGAGAAUCCUAAUUUAGGGCUCAUCGGUGCGCGCCCAUCAACGAGUUUAGCGCAGUUUAAUGGAUUGAACGCAGUUGUAGCAGGUGAUGAGAUGGGCAGCAUUGGAGACGAUGAUGGACUUUACGAGGAGUUUCCAGAGAUCGAAUCUAAGAUUAACUACCCUCGCCUCCCAACGAAAAUCCACAACAAAGACGGUCACGAUGGUGCUGAUUUUGAGAUGCUCAACAGAGCACCUUCCUACCUCGAGGUCUUCAAUGAUACAUAUGUUCUCUACGACCCUCCCCGUUUGCCUGACAGAGACUACGAAUCCAUUGACGACCACGAGAAAACAGCAACUGAACGCGAGUCCGACUAUUGCAUCUUUGGUAUCAAGGAACCCGUGUAUGAUUCGAAGAUUCCUAAAUACGCAAACGAAAGAGAGUUUCUCUCUUCUUGAAAACCUUGAACAACCGCCGUAUAUAAUCACGAUUAUGUGUACCGUGUCUACAGCAUCAUAUAUGGGCUACAGCAUAACCCUGAUAUGAACUAUGGACAAUAACAUUCUCAUGGACCAAAAUUCUGAGUAUUCAACACUGCAGAAGACUAUUGGGUGAGCGAAGUUCAUAGUGAAUGCACAUAGCUUUAUAUUCAUGCCAGGAAAGAUUAUUGCCGACAAAGAAAGCGUCAUAAAAUGCAGUAACUGACACUGCACCGUGCUAUGAGGCUUUAUACGUUUGCAGGGACAAACUACAUAUGUAUUGCUUGAGAAACUACAAUUUGUUCCUCAUUCGCACGAAAUUCAGU